AUGGCUCCUAUUCCCAAGACUCAAAAGGCUAUCGUCAUCAACGAACCCCGUGGAGAACUCCUUUAUAAGGAAAUCCCUGUACCUACCCCAGAAAAUGAUGAACUUCUUGUUCAUAUUCAAUACUCAGGUGCCUGUCAUUCAGAUUUGCACGCUUGGAAAGCCGAUUGGCCCUUCCAAACCCCAUUCCCUCUCAUUGGAGGCCACGAAGGCGCAGGCGUUGUUGUGGCAAAGGGUGAUGCUGUUCGUAACUUUAACAUUGGUGACCGUGUUGGUAUCAAAUGGGUUAAUAGUACUUGUCUCGAUUGCCGUUUCUGUCUUCAAGGUGCUGACGGUAAUUGCCCUAAAGCAACUUACUCAGGAUUCACCCAUGAUGGUACUUUCCAACAAUACGGAACUGUAAAAGCUGCUCAUGCUGCUCGUAUUCCUGAUGGAGUAGAUCUCGCAAUGGUAGCCCCCAUCUUGUGCGCUGGUAUCACUGUCUAUAAGGCCCUCAAGCGCUCAGAUGCUAAGCCUGGUGAUAAUGUGGUCAUCACUGGUGCCGGUGGUGGUCUUGGAUCUUUGGCCGUACAAUACGCUAAAGCAAUGGGAUUCCGUGUGAUUGGUAUUGACUCUGGUGAAGCCAAAAAGAAACUUGUAUUAUCAACUGGUGGUGAGGCCUUUAUUGACUUUAAAACUGAUGAUAUUGUCAAGGGUGUUUUGGCUGCUACUGAUGGCGAAGGUGCCCAAGCUGUUGUCCAUGUCGCUGUAUCUGAAAAGGCUGUUGAAACCUCACUUGAAUACAUUCGUCCAACUGGAACCAUUGUACUUGUGGGACUUCCUGCUGAUGCUGUUGUCCAUUCACCUGUUUUCUCACAUGUCUUGCGUACCAUCACUAUCCGUGGUUCACUUGUUGGUAACCGUGAAGAUACUGUAGAAGCACUUGACUUUGUUCGUCGUGGUCUUGUCUCAACUCCCAUCAAGAUUGUUGGUAUGUCUGAGAUUGCUCAUGUAUAUGAUCUUAUGGAGAAGGGCCAGAUUGCAGGUCGUUAUGUCCUUGAUACUUCCAAGUAA